AUGACUCUGUAUUCAAGAGUGUGCGGUUUUGGCUAUGGGAAAUGGCAGAAGUUUCAGGACAAGAUCCGGGAUUCGAAAUCUCAGCGACGCCUGGUGUUGGUUAUCGUCUGUAUCGCCUUGUUGCUGGACAACAUGCUCUACAUGGUGAUCGUGCCCAUCAUACCCAACUACCUGGCCCUGCAGAAGGAGAAGAGUGACGAGACCAAGUACCAGUAUCGUUACUACGACGUUACACAUUCGACCAACGACACGACAGGGGUGACCCAUAGUUACAUACUUGCCCACAAGCUCAACCCAAACGGUAAAUUCAAAAAUGGCGAAGUUGUCAAUAUACCCCAAGACGCCAUCUUAGCAGAAAACAACACUUUCCACCCAGACUAUCACGACAACCGUAUUUAUUUGCUAAAAAUCCCCGUGCCUCCCCCACCUAUAUCAUACGGUGACGAAGGUCUAGCAAUAGGUGUUCUGUUUGCCUCAAAAGCCAUAUUUCAGCUGUGUAUCAACCCGUUUACGGGAGGCCUGAUAGACAGAAUCGGCUACGAUAUUCCAAUGAUGAUCGGACUAACCAUCAUGUUCCUCUCUACGUUUGUAUUUGCUUUUGGAGAAAGCUAUGCUGUAUUAUUCUUGGCUCGGAGUCUACAGGGUUUGGGCUCCGCUUUCGCAGAUACUUCUGGUUUGGCGAUGAUUGCUGAUAGAUUCACAGAAGAGAAAGAAAGGACAAAGUCUUUAGGUAUAGCUUUGGCUUUUAUAUCAUUUGGGAGUUUGUUUGCUCCACCAUUCGGUGGCAUUCUGUACGAGUUCACAGGCAAAACAGCCCCAUUUGUAAUCUUAGCCCUGGUUUGUCUCCUUGAUGGGAUUCUGAUGAUUCUUGUGAUGAAACCAGUUCGCUUGGAACGAUCUAUGCUGACGAGGGAAGAGCGACCUGCAGGCACGCCCAUCUAUAGAUUGCUCAUGGAUCCUUAUAUUGCUGUGGCGGCUGGUGCUCUGGCUAUGGCCAACGUGUCUCUGGCCUUCUUGGAGCCAACAAUAUCUUUGUGGAUGAAGGUAACAAUGGGUGCCGACGAGUGGCAGAUUGGCUUCAGCUGGCUUCCGGCAUUCAUCCCUCACGUGCUUGGUGUCUACAUCACGGUCAAACUGGCCUACAAGUUCAAACAGUACCAAUGGCUGAUGGCCUUGAUUGGACUCUCUAUGGAAGGCAUCUUCUGUUUCUUCAUUCCAUUCUGCACGAGUUUCUUCGCUGUCAUUUUCCCCAUUAUGGGCCUCUGCUUCGGUAUCGCUCUUGUAGACACUGCCUUGCUGCCUACGUUGGGCUACCUCGUAGACGUCAGACACACAAGCGUCUACGGAAGCGUCUACGCUAUCGCAGACAUCUCCUACUCUCUUGCCUACGCCAUUGGUCCCAUAGUUGCUGGAAGCAUCGUGUCCAACAUCGGAUUCCUAUGGCUGAACAUACUCAUCUUUCUAACCAACAUUCUCUACGCACCUCUUCUCUUCUUCCUCCGCAAUAUCUACAUUUACAAACCUUUUGAUAACGACAACGAGGUUCUUCUCGAUGACCCUCCACCUAAAGGUUACAACACCUACGUCCAAAAUGGUGGACUCAGCGGCAGACCGGAGAUCGUUAGCAACGGUGAUAAUUUUGCCAACCAUUUGAAGAUCAGCAACAGAAAAAGCAACGAAAUUGAUUGCUACCCUCCACCGACAGAGCCCGAAUAUGUGUAUAGCAAAGACAGCUCCCAUAAUUUCUACAACCAGUUCCAUUGA